CUCCAGCACACAGCAUCACCUCCACUCAUCACCACCUCCAGCACACAGCAUCACCUCCACUCAUCACCACCUCCAGCACACAGCAUCACCUCCACUCAUCACCACCUCCAGCACACAGCAUCACCUCCACUCAUCACCACCUCCAGCACACAGCAUCACCUCCAGCACACAGCAUUACCUCCACUCAUCACCACCUCCAGCACACAGCAUCACCUCCAGCACACAGCAUCACCUCCACUCAUCACCACCUCCAGCACACAGCAUCACCUCAGACCUCCACCAUAAGCUAACAUCACCAUCUCCACUCACCACCACCACCACCUCCAUGAUCCCCACACCACCGGCUGGGCAGCAAGUCCUCACCGCCUUCUCGGCGACUCCCCAAGAUCGUGGUUGGCUGGCGGAGGCUUCCAGUGUGUGUCAGCAGCCUGGCGUCCCCUCGGAGGAGCUGCUGGACCUGACCUGGAGGCUUGGAGUGGUGGCCGGCAGCUCCGAGAAGGAUGAGGCUGGCAAGACAUUCGUACAGGUUAACUUCAUCUCCAGGGCUCCGGUUGACGGCAGGAAGGGCAACAACAAGGAGCUGGUGGUGGAGAUGUCGCUGGAGAAGUUCUACAGCUUCCUACACCAGCUGGAGAAGUGCAAAGCCAGCCUGGAGCAUGCCCGCCACCUUCCUUAGCCGCCUGUGUAAGACAAGUAACAUCAGGCAGCGCAGUGAUGACCUGGCGACAUUUGCAGCCACGCAGUGUCCUGGCGGCUUGCCUGGGGCUGCUGACACUGCUGCAUCUGGGGGCCUGACAGCUUGCCUCAGAAGGUUGUCUGGUCUGGUCUCGUCUCCCACAUUGUCCCUGGAAACAAGAAAACGUCAUGUCAGUUAUGGAUACAGUUGAUUGAUUCCUCUUCAUGGGUGAGAACGAUAGAAUGUUUUUAGAGAUAAUUACAUAAGAAAAUAAAGUCAUGUUAAUUCUGUAUACAAAGUUAAUUGAUUUCUCUUAAGAGGGUGAUAACCAUAGAAGUUUUUGAAGGAUAAUUCUAUAAAGAAACUAUAGACUGAUCUUAGACAUUAUAUCCAUUAUAUUUUAUGUUAAGGUAGAAAAGAAUAUAUUGAAGAGAACUGAUUAACUUUAGUCCACAGAAUAAUAAGAUAAAGACAUACAGAUAUAGACAAAGUAAGAUGAUUUGAUAUAUUAGGUCAGGAAGAGAUGGGGGGAGGAGGGGGCAGAGUCCUAUAUGUGUCUGGGGGGCUAUGUGUCUGUGGGGUAUGUAAACAUCCUGUGGGGGGGACAUCCUGUGGGUCCUGUGAGUCUGAGAGAGAGAGAGAGAGAGAGAGAGAGAGAGAGAGAGAGAGAGAGAGAGAGAGAGAGAGAGAGAGAGAGAAUUCUUUAUACUGUAGGACUCUCACAUUACCUCAGGACUCUCUUCUCUUCCUUCUCACUCCUGCAGGAUACUCAGGACUACUCAUCUUCCACAGGUCUCUUCUCAUCUCCAUACUCCUUCAGGAUGCUUAGGACUCCUCUUCAUACUCCUUCAGGAUGUUCAGGACUUCUCAUACUUCUGCAAGAUGUCUUGGGACUCUUCUUAUACUUCUUCAGGAUGCUUCAGGACUUCUCAUACUUCUACAGGAUAUUCAUGACUCUUUUCCUCUUCAUACUUCUGCAGGAUGUCUUAGGACUCUUCUUAUACACCUUCUGGAUGCUCAGAACUCUCUUCUCAUCUUCAUGCUCCUUCAGGAUGCUUCAGGACUCUUCUCAUACUCCUUCACGAUGCUUCAGGACUCUUCUUAUACUCCUUCAGGAUGUUUUAGGACUUCUCAUACUCCUUCAGGAUGUUUUAGGACUCUUCUCAUACUCCUUCAGGAUGUUUUAGGACUCUUCUUAUACUCCUUCAGGAUGUUUUAGGACUCUUCUCAUCUUCAUGCUCCUUCAGGAUACUUAAAAUUCUUCUCACACUCCUUCAAGACUCUUCUUAUACUUCCUCAGGGUGUUUUAGGACUCUUCUCAUCUUCAUACUUCUGCAGGAUGUCUUAGGGGUCUUCUCAUACUCCUUCAGGAUGUUUUAGGACUUCUUAUCUUCAUACUUCUGCAGGAUGUCUUAGGACUCUUCUUGCACUCCUUCAGGAUCCCUUCAGAACUCUUCUUAUACUCCUUCAGGAUGUUUUAGGACUCUUCUCAUCUUCAUACUUCUGCAGAAUGUCUUAGGACUUCUCACACUUCUUCAGGAGGCUCAGGACUCUUCUCAUACUCCUUCAGGAUGAUUUAGGACUCUUCUCAUCUCCAUACUCCUUCAGGAUGUCUUAGGACUCUUCUUAUACUUCUUCAGGAUGCUUCAAGACUUCUCAUACUUGUGCAGGAUGCUUAGGACUUCUCUUCAUGCUUCUACAUGAUGUCUUAGGUCUCUUCUCACACUCCUUCAGGAUGCUCAGGACUCUCUUUUUAUCUUCAUACUCCUUCAGGAUGUCCAAGACUCUUCUUAUCUUCAUACUUCUUCAGGAUGUCCAGGACUCUUCCUAUCUUCAUACUCCUUCAGGAUGCUCAGGACUUCUUAUACUCCUGCAGGGUGGUUCAGGACUCUCUUCUCAUCUUCAAUCUCCUUCAGGACAUGCAGGACUGUCUUCUCGUCUUCUGCUGCUUCUUUUUUUCUUGUUUUAUCCAUGACGUUUCAAUGGACGGUCUCCCCAUCUCGUGCAGGGACCUGUAAUAACAACAUGUACCAAAGCUUUACUCAGUGCUGUGAUUAUAAUAAAGGUAUAAGGAAAUGUA